GCCCCGCGGUUCAGUAUGAUUGAAUCAGCCCAGUGUCUAUAAAAACUAUAAUAAAGCAGGGGUUACGCAAGUACAUGAGGACCGGCACGCGCCAAACGUGUGCUUGUGGACUGGCAUAAUACCAUAGAAGAAGAUUUUUAGGCGACAGACGCACUUGGUUUGGGAUACGCGUUUUGAAAUAACAUGGGUAAUUGUCAUACUGUUGGACCAAAUGAGGCCCUUGUUGUUUCAGGCAAGCAACACUGAAGCAUGCAUGAGAGCAUCCGAUGUUCCGAAAGACUGUGUGAUCACGCUCUCCGUAGCCGACGUGGUUGCUGUGGCUCCGAUGGGAAGUCCUAUGUGGUGGGAGGCUGGUCAUGGGCCUGGUGGCUCAUCACAGACAUCCAGAGGAUAACCCUUGAGAUUAUGACCCUGCAGCCCAAGUGUGAGGAUGUAGAGACAGCGGAGGGUGUAGCUAUUACUGUCACUGGGGUGGCACAGGUAAAGCACCUACCUACUGUACCACACCUACCUUCUGAGAAUGGACUGGAAUGCCUCUUUCAGCUCAAGGUGAAGGUGAUGGUAGACAAUGAGCUGCUGGGCUAUGCCUGUGAACAGUUCCUGGGGAAAUCUGUGAUCGAGAUAAAGAGUGUCAUUCUGCAGACCCUGGAGGGUCAUCUACGCUCUAUCCUCGGUACUCUGACGGUAGAGCAGAUCUACCAGGACAGAGACAGGUUUGCUGCUCUUGUGCGGGAGGUGGCAGCGCCUGAUGUGGGCCGCAUGGGCAUCGAGAUCCUCAGCUUCACCAUCAAGGAUGUGUAUGAUAAAGUGGAGUAUCUGAGUUCCCUGGGGAAGAGUCAGACGGCCGCAGUACAGAGAGAUGCCGAUAUUGGAGUGGCCGAGGCAGAGAGAGACGCGGGAAUCAGGGAAGCAGAUUGUAAGAAAGAGAUGAUGGACGUCAAGUUCCAAGCAGACACCAAGAUGGCCGAUUCGAAACGAGGGCUGGAGAUGCAGAAGGCUGCUUUCAAUCAAGAAGUCAACACGAAGAAAGCAGAAGCCCAGCUGGCCUACGAGCUUCAGGCUGCCAAGGAGCAGCAGAAGAUCCGUUUGGAGGAGAUCGAGAUCGAGGUGGUUCAGAGGAAGAAGCAGAUCACCAUCGAGGAGAAGGAGAUUGACCGCACAGAAAAGGAGCUCAUCGCCACAGUCAAGAGGCCGGCUGAGGCUGAGGCCUACAAGAUGCAGCAGCUGGCCGAGGGACAGAAGAUGAAGAAGGUGCUGACUGCCCAGGCAGAGGCAGAGAAGAUCCGUCGUAUCGGUGAGGCAGAGGCCGGUUCCAUAGAGGCUAUAGGGAAGGCUGAGGCUGAGAAGAUGAGGCUGAAGGCUGAGGCCUACCAGCAUUAUGGAGAUGCUGCAAAGACUGCUCUGGUCCUAGAGGCCCUGCCUAAGAUUGCUGCCAAGGUUGCGGCACCCCUGGCCCGGACCAAUGAGAUCGUCAUCCUGAGCGGGGACGGUGGCCGUGUGACCGGCGAGGUGAACCGCCUAUUAGCUGAGCUCCCCGUGUCCGUCAAUGCACUCACAGGGGUGGACCUGAUGAAGAUCCCUUUGCUUCAGAAGAUGAUCAACCCUCAAGCAUAAAAACAAUCUUGUACACCUUGACUCAGUACAUUUCUUUAUGCACUCUUUAAAUCAACUGCCUUCACCUAGAAACACUUGAAAACAAGUAUAGUUUUUUUUUACUACAAGAGUCUAGAUGUUUUAAUUUUCCUAAAUCCCUGGUGCCUUAGCUCUAUAGGGCCAGAUCAUCUGUAUGUACCACUGCUUUUUUGUUAAACAUGUUAGUAUUUUUUGUAGUUACCCCAUUCUGUUGUACUAACACUUGUCUACAUUGUAGAAAAGGGACAUUCAUCAUGGUUGUUCUGUGCAGGCCUUAUUCUGGUCUUAAAGGUCUCGCUAGGUCUUCACCUUGUGUCUUCAUUGUUAUUCUUUUGUUCAUUGUGUUACAAAAUGCUUUGGAUGUGCCUGUGGUUUUGUAUAGUUAUGGAAAGUAUUUCAGAUAUUUUGUCUGAAAUGUUACUUUUUUUCAUUCUAAUGUGCAGUCAGUGCCUGGUUACCAACCAAGUGGCUAAACCUCUGGAAAAGUAAUGGUUUGGCAAUUCUAUAGUGUAGUGAUACUACAGUAGACCUCCAUUUACCAUCUCAAUGAGAGAUGUAGAAAUAUUGUCCUCCCCAUCCUCAUGCCAUCUGCCUUGAAAGCAGAAACAUUGGCAUUCUAUCUUGUUCUUCAGUAGAAUAUUUUAUUUAAUUCUUCAUCUUAGGUAUGGGAGAGGUGUGCAUUCUUAGGUAGACAACACACAGAAAACAUAGACAUUAACACAUGUGCAUGGAUAUACAAGUCUGUAUGAAGCCAUAUACUGUCAAAGUUAGCCUUAAUAUAGAGACCCAGGAGUCCUGCUAGCUUUCCUGAUCAUCUGGAUUACCUCAAUCAAUCUAAGCUUUAAUACUUGUUCUUUCCAACUAUUGAGACAUCAUAUGGCAUGAUAUGCAUUUCAGUCUCUUAGGGUAGCCAAUGUUGUGUUUAUAUAAUCUUUUGGUUACAUUCUGUUAAAUUCUUUAUAAACUAUUAUGUCACUUAUCUCUACAGUUUACCUGACUAUUUACUUUCACGUUUUUACAGGGUGCUUGCUGCCUAUGAUCUUUUUCUAGGAAUGCAAUGCUGCCACGACCUGUUGACCAUCCAAUCAUGUAUCAGCUUUCUCCACAUUCCUUACCCAAAUUGCUUCAAACACAAGAAUACAUUUCAGUUUGUUUUGCCACACAUUUGAGUUGGACUGUCUUGUUGUGGAGUUCAUUUUAUAUUAGCUUCAUUUUAUGAAAACUUGUUUUAGCGUUUUAGGGGAGAUCUAACCACUUUCUGAAUCCGUGACCUCAGCAUCAUUUUUUCUAAUAUGUCAUUUUUUUACAGUAAUGUCAACCUGCUGCCAACUGUGGUAUAUCUCUGGUCUGGGGGAGAAAUGUCAUUAUCUAAUCCCUACUGAUCACCAAAAGAAUACUGUAUUUAUUUUAUUAUAAUCUCCGCGUGUAAGAUUUACAUAGUAGUAGACUAGACCGUAAAAUUUGAUUGAUCAACAGUGUGAUACAGUACUGUAAAUGUAGAUGGGAACCUGUAUUGUGUUUCAUGAAAUGGCUGAUUUGAAUUGUAUAAAGUCAGAACACAUCAACAUUUCUAUCUGGACAUAUUGAUGGCUUUCCCUGGUCAAAUUGUGUUUUUGUUCAGCUGAAAAACUCCCAUUGCAUGUUCUUUUUUGGCGUCUAAUUUUUGUGUCAAUACUCUUUCAAAAAUGUCUCAUGUAUUACUAUGAAUGGAUGGUGUAAUUUCAGCAGGGUAGAAGCAACUUUCAGAUCAGAAAAUAUACCUUUCGGAUCUAGAAUGUAGGUGGAAGACCAAACAUUGUAUGCCUUUUAACUUGUAUCUUUAUCUAUAGAGUAUCUGUAAUGAAACAUGUUUAGAUUGAUCACCCAUUAUUGAAAUGUAUCUAUUCAGACUCAAUAAAUGUUUGUGUGAAUUCGUCCAUUUUCUAGACUGUUAAAUAAUACUGGAAAACUGAUCUAGCAUGGAUAUUUCAGCAUGUGAACAUCACACUCAUAUCCUCGACUCUGUGGCAAAGUGUUAUGUGCUGCCCUAUAAUAAAUGUCUGCCUCAUACA